AUGGUAAUUUGUGUAUUCGAUGUGCAUCAAAAACUUCAAAGAAAAAUUAAAAAAGUCUACGAAUUUGCUCGUAAAACUUUAAAGCUUCAACGUGAUAAAACCAAGACCAGGCUCGACAUGCAUGCUACUAGAACAACUUUCGAAAGAUGUGAACCAGUAUGUUUAUACAAUCCCAAACGUAAGAAAGGACUUCAAGGAAUCCGAAACUUCAACGAAACUGGGAGGGCAGGUGCACAAGCCUGCCACAUCCAGUUUUCGGCUAGAAGUAAACCUAAGGUGGUUCAUAUCAUGAGAUUACUUCCAUACCAUGGAACUGAUCCACCCUGUUGGCUUCUUUCACUAAGGUAG